GUAUUCUGCGACAUCAAUUCUUUCUCUUCUCCAGGAGAUUUCUCAGUUUGCUGGUCCAAAAAUAGACUGGAAUGCACUCGUGAAGAGAACUUCAACUGGGAUCACUAAUGCUCGGGAAUAUCAGAUGCUAUGGCGACAUCUGGCCUACCAUGACAAAUUGCUGGACAAAGUGGAAGACAGGAGUGAACCUUUGGAUGAUGACAGUGAUUUGGAAUUUGAAUUAGAAGCUUUUCCUGCUGCAAGUGCUGAAGCAGUAUCAGAUGCCACAACUUGUGCUAAGAUUUUGAUCUCGUCAGGCUCUUCACGUGAAUCAGGCCCAAUAAGUCGUACAAACCUAGAAGCUUCUUUGACCAGAAACUUACCUGAUAACCAGACACCACAUGACCCUUCAGAUAAACAACAGCUGGCUCAUACCGCCGGCGGAACAAAUGCUGUGGUUCCUCGUUCUGUCCAGAAACAGCCACUAGCAACAAAAAGGUCUGCUGAAGUGUCUGAUGGAAAUGGAUCAGCUGGUUCAGGCUUGCGUGCUAAAAGGAGAAGGCAGGCAUGGACUAAAGAGGAGGAUAUGGAAUUAAUAGCUGCUGUGCAGAAGUGUGGUGAAGGGAAUUGGUCAAACAUUCUUAAAGGAGACUUCAAGCACGACAGAACUGCUUCACAGCUAUCUCAGAGAUGGGCCACCAUUCAGAGGCGCCAGGCCAACUUAAAUGCAGGUUCCAGCAACAAAACAGUCAACUCAACACGGUCUGAGGAGAGGCUGGCAGCACAAAAGGCAUUUUCCUUGGCUGUUGAUAUGCCUAUGACUGGAAGCUUAUCAAUAUCAGCUAUACUAUCAGGUUCUACACAAUCAAACACACCACCCAGUUCUGCUACACUCUCAGCUUCAGUAUCUGAGGCGUUGCCUGCUUCUGUUCCUCUACAAGCUUCCACCCAGGCAACAUCCCAAAAAGUAGCAUCAAACACUUCAAAUAAGCCUCGAACAAUCCCCAAAAAAACAACGGCCCCUAGCAAGCCAUCUGUAGGUCCCAAUCCUUUGAUACAAGCUGCUGCCUUUGCUGCUGGAGGACGCAUUGCAACUCCUUCCACCGCUGCCUCUUUGUUCAAAGCUGCACAAUCUAAAAGUGCUGUUCAUAUCAGACCUGGGGGAUGCUCUAGUCCAAAAUCUCCAAUUAUGACUGCUAAAUCAUCACCUGCCACUAAUAUGGUGGGAUCACAGCCACCAAGUGUCCGCUAUGCUCAGCCAGCAGUCACCAUGCCUGCACCAGCUGUAGCAAGUUCAGUGUUGUCUUCGACCAUGCCCAGGCAUGGAAUGCAGCAACUGCAAGUCUUCUCUCAAAGAACUACAAGUAAUCCUCUGACCAGCUGUGCUGCAGUACCAAACUUGUCAGCUCCACCAAUAUUGUCAGAAUCCAAGCCACCUGCUGAUUCACAAGAAAUUGCUGAGAGCAAUAGUGAUAUUGCUUUCCCUGUUAUCCCAGCCAUUGAUGUUGAUGAGUUGUUGGCUGAAGAGGUUAAAGAUGCAGAUGAGUUGGAACUGGAUGGUGCCGUAGCACAGAACCAUCAAACGGAAUUGCUGAGCCUGGAUGUGGGUGAGAAUGACAACAACAUCAUCAACAAUACUGCUUGUGGCAUGCAACAAGCUAUAGCUGGAGGUAUGGACAUCUCAAAAUCACAAACUGAUGAGAAUCAAACUGUCACUAACAAAACAGUUUCACCUGACACUGGAGCAGCUGAGAACAAAGCCAUGGAAAUUGAUGUUGGUGGAUCUCAGAUUCCAGUUGAAGAGGGCACUAAAUUGGCCAGCAAUAGCCAAAGCCUGAAUGUUGUGAGUUCUCAUACUCAAAUUGUGGCUCAAGAACAGUUGGCUGGUACAGAGGCUGUGGUUGAUGAGGUCAAGCAGAGUUGCAUACAGGUGGAACAGCAUGCAGUAUUAGAGGACAUUGCAUCUGACAAUAAAUCAUCUGUUGAUGAUGAGGCUGGAUCAGGUUCAAAACAAGAUUGAGCCGGUGAUUUCACAGGUAGCGGAGAUGAGACUGACAUAAAACGGUGGUGCUCGCUGUGAAACAUUGAAGAGCAUCAGCAUUAUCACGGGCAAAUAUGAGCAAGCUAGUGUAUGCAAGAAGUGCUCUUGUAAAAUGUUGGAAAUGAGUUAUCAGUAGCUAGUCCAUUUUUUUUUCUUUUCUGCUGACAAGUUGCCAGCUUUUUGAGUUAAGGGAGAAUCUGAGAUGUUUUGUGUGCACAUUUGCUGGAUCAUGGAACUGAUCUCCGGUGGAUAAAGAGUCUUAAAACUGCUUUAUUUAACCAGAUUUUGACUAGAA